AUGGAAACAAAGCCUCGGUUGAUUCGAUGGAUAUUGCUUUUACAAGAGUUUCACAUCGAGAUACGGGACAAGAAGGGCAAGAUGAAUGUCAUGGCUAAUCACCUGUCACGAAUUCUGUUUGAGACACCUCAGCCUAUUCCAGUUCAUGAUUCCUUCCCGGAUGAGCAACUGUUGGAGAUCACUGUGAGAGAACCGCCUUGGUAUAUAGAAAUUGUCAAUUACUUAGUCACAAGUCGGAUUCCUUCUUAUUGGUCCAAGCAAGACAAGGACCCUUGUGGAGGACACUUAAUUGCCAAGAAGACCGUAGCCAAGGUCUUACAAAGUGGAUUCACAUGGCCAAUCUUGUUCAAAGACGCCUAUGACAUUUGUCGGGCUUGUGAGAGAUGCCAACGCCUAGGAGCCAUGUCUCGGAGGGAUAUGAUGCCACUAAACCCCAUCCUCAUUGUUGAAAUUUUUGAUGUUUGGGGUAUUGACUUCAUGGGACCCUUCCCAUCGUCUUCUAGGUAUGAGUAUAUUUUGGUAGGGGUAGAUUAUGUCUCAAAGUGGGAAGAAGCCGUGGCCACCAAGACCAAUGAUCACAAUGUCGUGACGAGUGGCCAAGUGGAUGUUUCCAAUAGGGAGAUCAAGCACAUUUUAGAGAAGAAGGUUAGGCCAGACCGCAAGGAUUGGUCCUUACACCUCAAUGAUGCACUAUGGGCCUACCGUACAGCUUACAAGAUACCGAUUGGAAUGUCACCAUACCAGAUUGUUUAUGGCAAGGCAUGUCACCUCCUUGUGGAAUUAGAACACAAGGCUUUGUGGGCAAUCAGGCAGUUCAACUUUGACAUGCAAGAGGCUGGCUCCCACCGAAAACUUCAAUUGACAGAAUUGGAGGAGCUGCAAAAUGAUGCAUAUGACAGUGCCAGUAUUUACAAAGAGAAGACACAAUCAUUCCAUGACUGUCAAAUUCUGCCCAAGACCUUUGUGCUGGAACAGAAGGUAUGGCUCUUCAACUCCAAACUCCAGCUCUUUCCUGGGAAGCUCCGCUCAAGAUGGGAUAGCCCCUUUACUGUCAUGUUGGCAUCUCCACAUGGCACCGUCGAAUUACGGGAUCCAAAGAAUGGCACUUUGUUCAAGGUCAAUGGUCAAAGAUUAAAGCCUUGCAUACAGAGCCUAAAGCUAGGUAAAGACAUGGAAUUCGUUGAUUUGACGGAUCCCGUCUAUUUUUCUGAUUAG